UCCUGUUUGACUGUUUGGGCUUCAUCUGCAUUCCCUCGUUAUGCUCUCUCGGUUGGCCUUGGCCCAUUUCUCAUUCAUGUUGAGUGCUUAACUUGUUUCAUUCAAAUUAUUCAUUGCGUGAUCAAUCGAUUCAUAUUCUUGUUCCCCGCUUUCUCUUGAUGGAUUUCGUUUCAAGUUCUCUCAUGUUGCUUUAAUUAAUUAACAUUUGUCCUCAUUUCUCAUUUUUUUCAUGGCGAAAGCUCGUUCAUGUUUUCUGGUUAUGCUCUUAUUGAUCAUUAUUGGUCUUUGAUCUCUUCAUUUUUCUUUGAUGGGUUUCGUUCAGAUUCUUAAUAAGCUGUUAGUUGAUCAAUACUGGUCCUAAUUUCUCAUUUUGUUUCAUGAUGAACGUAGAGUCUCGUUGUUCUCUUCAUCAAACCAAUAUUGGCCUAUUUGCAACUCUCUCAUGGCAGGUGUCCUUUAAAUUUCCUCAUUGUGCUCUUAGUGGACCGACUUGAUUUCCGCCUAUUAUUUUGCUUCCUCUUGAUUUUUAACAAUCAGUUAGCUUCCUUGGGGGAAGUUGGAUUAAAUUUGGGGGUCGUGGAUUUUGUUCUAGAUUUCUCGAGUCAUGCUCCUUUUAGCCUCAAGUUCUGAAAUUCUGACGUCCCAAACGGCCAAGUCUUUUUCUUGCUUCACAAAUGAACUCUCAGUUUGGAAAAGGUAUCAGUUCAUAUUCCGGGAGAAUUACGAAGCUUCAAUUUUACCUUUUCAUCGUCAUGAGAACAAAUUCAUACAUGGGUUGCUGGUUGUGAUAAGCUUUAUUAACCUCUUGCCUUCAUCAGGUGCAGAUUCAUGCGAUUUGGGGGAUUGGGUCUCUGCCCAAUUCUCCUCCAGGGCAGCUGGUCAUGAAAUCCACCAUGAACCUCUCUAUCUGAUAGUCUUUGAUGCAACAUGGAAACAUGCAAAGGAGAUGGUGAGAGGAAGCCUGCCAUUUCUAUCUAAAUUCUCGCAUCAGGUCUCCCUUCCAGUAGAUGCCAGAUUAGAAGGGAGUAGUAUCUAUGACUCCGAUUUGAUACUGAGGAAGGAGCCGUUCUCAGGCUGCGUGAGCACAAUGGAAGCUGUAGCUCGAUCUCUGAGAUUGCUUGAGGUCGAUGGAGAUGAGAUUGAGCAAAAGCUUUUGUCAGUUCUCAGGGCAAUGGUUGCUUUCCAGGCUUGCAAUUUGAAGCCGAUGAAGCCUCGGCCACGGUUGGUAAAGAAAAGCAAGAAUAGCUGCCUCUUGUCCAAUUGAUGUUUCUGCUGAGCUAUAUUCUCCUGUCAGCGUUAUGAUUUCUUAGCAUUUUUCUCUCUUUUCUUUUCUGCUCUGUGCUUCAUUGUCCAAUAGUGUCUGAUUUUGUUGGAAACAACCAUUUUCUGAAGCCGAUGAAGCCUCGGCCACGGUUGGUAAAGAAAAGCAAGAAUCGCUGCCUCUUGUCCAAUUGAUGUUUCUGCUGAGCUAUAUUCUCCUGUCAGCGUUAUGAUUUCUUAGAAUUUUUCUCUCUUUUCUUUUCUACUCUGUGCUUCAUUGUCUAAUAGUGUCUGAGUUUGUUGGAAACAACCAUUUUCUGCUGCAAAAUUUCCUUGUUAGAG